AUGGACAACUCCAUGUUCUAUGACCAUGAUCCCAGAGUGAAUGGGGAGAAAAAUGUGUGCGUUAUAAAAACUCACGGAAAAGGCAUGAAAAUGUACAUGCCCAUGAUGGAACUACACAUCAUCAACUGUUUGCCUCUGUUGCUGGUGAUCCUAGCUGUUGAAGCCUACGAGGGGAACAGCAAUGCAACAGAUGCAAGUCGAGCACCGCGGAGCAGCAGAAGGGUAGUCAGGUUAUACUCCGGGAGGAGACCAGAUCCUAUCAUCUGUAAUGGGGAAGGCUUUCAAGCGGACCCAUCGAAUUGCGUCGUGUUCUACCGUUGUAUGAAAUCAGGAAGAGGAAAAUAUAUGACCUAUAAGUUCCAAUGUGCACCAGGCACAAUUUACGAUCCAGAUGCUGAAAUCUGUAAUCAUCCCUCUACCGUCAAAAGGUCAAAUUGCGGAAUAGAACCUAACAUAUCAGAAAACGACCAAGUACAUGAUAAUGCAAUAGAGGAAGUCAGAAAUGAAUUCCCAUUACCAAUAACGACAAAAAUACUACCAUUUUAUACAAAGAUCACUGGGAGCUCUCGUAUUUAUACAUGGCCAACUUCUCCAAAGAGACAAGAUUUGUCAACUUCAUAUCCUUUGCUUAUUUCUACAGCUGAACAUAAAAGGUUUAACAGUUCCGCUUUUAAAGAACUUGUUGUUACAUCUACUCGAAAACAAAGAUCAACUACUCCUAAGAUAUUGCCUAUUCCCCGAAAGCCGACUGCACAGAAUGGGGAUUUGUGCAUAUUUGAAGGAUUUAUGGGCGACAGUGAAAAUUGUCGAAAAUUCUAUAGGUGUAUAAGUAACUUACGUGGGGGUUUCAUACGCUACGAAUUUAUGUGUACUGAAUCAACUAUUUGGGAUGAUGAUAUCCAAUCAUGUAAUCAUGCAUGGGCUGUGAAACGAAGACGGUGUGGUAGGGGUAAUAUAAAUGAGGUUUCUGAUGUCGAAAUAGAUGAACAUAAAAACAGUCCUUAUACAAAUGACAAAGUAAUACCCAAUAAUCUAGAACAAAACUUUAUAGUAUCACAAACCCAAAAAACUUUUGAUGUCACAAAAAAUCCCGUCACUACCACUUUAAGGCCAAAUCCAACGACACCGUCUUACUUGAUGGACAUAAGCUAUACUCAUAGUUAUGAAACGAAACAUUCUAUUUCUGACGAAUGCUUCGAAAGUGGAUUUUUAGGAGACAGAAAUGAUUGUAAGAAAUUUUAUCGAUGUGUGGAUAAUGGAAGAGGAAGUUAUACGAAAUAUCAAUUUUCUUGCGGCGAAGGUACUGUUUGGGAUGCUAAUUUAGAGGCUUGUAACCAUGCAUGGGCUGUUAAAGGAUGUGGGGUAAAAAAUUCAACAGAACACCCAGGAACUACUUCGACAUCUAUUGCAACAGAAACUCCUACAAAAUCUACCCCAAUAUACGAAGCAACCUUACAAACUUCAACAAUAGAUAAUGAUGAUGUUGGCUAUGGAAAUCAAAAUCCCACUACAACCAAGUUACCUUCAUCAACAGCUGAUAUUCAAGCGACUAAGCAACCAUCCAGUGACUGUACCUCUAGUGGUUUUAUAGGAGAUGAGACAGAUUGUAAAUUAUUUUAUAGAUGUGUAGAUAAUGGUGACGGUACUUUCACCAAGUUUCAAUUUACCUGUGGUGAAGGGACAGUUUGGGACUCAGACUUAGAAGCUUGUAAUCACGUCUGGGCAGUCAAAACAUGUGGAAGUAAAGGUACAACAAAAGCCCCGAUACAAGGGGUUGGUACCACAACAACUUCAAACGUAAUAACUAUAACAUCUACACAACACGCUCAAAGUUCCUUACCUACUGCUCAAACAACAACGGAUGAAGAUGAAAAUGCUGGAUAUGGUAAUCCAAAUCAAGAAACUAGCUCAAUGUCAACAACACUUCAAUCAACAAAUACAACGCCUAUUCCUGGGAAAUCAGAAAGCAAUUGUACAUCUAGUGGAUUCAUGGGUGACGAAACAGAUUGCAAAAAAUUCUAUAGAUGCGUGGAUAAAGGAGAUGGUGACUAUAAUCGUUAUGAAUUUACAUGUGGUGAAGGAACAGUUUGGGAUCCCAAAAUAGAAGCUUGUAAUCAUCCUUGGGCAGUUGAAAAGUGUGGUGGCACAUUUUCGUCUACAACGGAAAAAAUAGAAUCAUCAAGUAUAACAGACACUAAUACUGCUCAGUCAGUAACGCAAAAUGAUGAAUCAGAUAGCGGUUAUGGUAUGCAACAGGAUGAAAUUUCUUCAUCGCAAUUAGAUACAUUAUCAUCAUCACCAGCCAGUAUCACUACAACAACUGAACAACAAAACUCUUACAAUGAUUGUACGUCUAAUGGAUUUUUUGGAAACCAUAUGGAUUGUAAAAAGUUUUACAGAUGUGUUGAAAAUGGCAAUGGUAGUUUUACGCGUUAUGAAUUCUCAUGUGGUGAAGGUACUGUUUGGGACUCAAAAAUACAAUCUUGUAAUCAUGCAUGGGCGGUUGAAAACUGCAAUGAAAAUCAAAAUAAUGAAAUUCACAAAGAAGAUGGAAUAACAAGUAAUGGAACCACCACUUUUAAUCCAUCUUCAUCAACUACAAGUUACAAUAAUGAGACUGAUAUUGAACAGCCUGCAAGUCAAUCAACUACAUCUAAACCAUCUGAAGAAAAUGGAGUAACCACUAUUGAUUACUGUAAAGUUAGUGGCUUUAUAGGUGACACGCAAAAUUGUAAAAAGUUUUAUAGAUGCGUUGAUAACGGAAAUGGUGGUUUUACACGAUAUGAAUUUAUUUGUGGCGAAGGUACAGUUUGGAAUCAAGAAAUACAGGCGUGUGAUCAUGAAAACGGUCUCUCGUGUAAUGAAAAUGGAGAAAGUGUUACAAAAGAACCACACAAUGAUGAGAUUUAUUUCGAUAACAAUACCACUAAAGAACCGACUACUUCUGAUAGUUCUGUAAGUGAAAAUAAACCGACACCAAGUCAAAAUAAUAAUGUUUGUCAAAAUGAAGGAUUUUAUGGGGAUCCUAAUGACUGUAAAAAGUUUUAUAGAUGCGUGGAUAAUGGAAAAGGAAGUUUUACUAAAUUUGAUUUUACUUGUGGAGAUGGCACAGUUUGGGAUCAAGAAAUACAAGCUUGCAAUCAUGAAUUAAAUAGCAAAUGUUUCAAAAAUAGUACUGUUUCUGUAAGUGAAUCGACGCCUUUUACUACUUUUACAACUACAACAAUGUCAGUUUAUACAGAAGAAACUGAAAAUCAAUCAUCUAUAACAGAUUCUCAAAAUGAUACGUGUCCAUCGGAAGGGUUUUAUCCAAAUUCCGCGGAUUGUCAAAAAUUUUAUCGAUGUGUAAGUAAUGAAAAAGGAGGAUUUACUAAAUAUGACUUCACUUGUGGAGAUGGAACAAUGUGGGUUCAAGAUAUUCAAGCUUGCGAUCAUAAAGAUCAUGAUUAUAAAUGUCAAAAUAAUGCACCAACUACAAAGCCUGAGCAAUCUUCAAAUCAAUCAACAACUACAGAAUACCAAUCACCAUUUGUCCCUUCAUCAACUUUGGCUGAUUCAACAGAAAAACCACAUGAUGAAUAUCAAGACAAUUCUUCAAAUACACCGACACAAGAUGAUAUUUGCUCAUCAGAAGGAUUUUAUCCUAAUAGAAAGGAUUGCAAAAAAUUCUACAGAUGUGUAGAUAACGGUCAAGGCAGUUAUACAAAAUAUGAUUUCACUUGUGGUGAAGGUACCGCUUGGGAUACAGAUAUUCAGACAUGUAAUCAUAUUAGCGAAGUACCCAGGUGCUAUACCAACAUGAGUGAAAAUACUCAGAGUCAAACUAUAGAAGAUGAAGGAGUAUCUCAAACAACAGACAGUAGUGAUUCUACACAGAAACCCAUGGUUUCUGAAAGUACAUCAUUAUCAAGUAAUGAUUUGUGUGAGGCUGAGGGCUACUUUGGUAAUAAACAAGACUGUACAAAAUUCUAUAGAUGUGUUGAUAAUGGAAAAGGUGGUUUCACCAAAUAUGAUUUCGAUUGUGGUGAAGGAACCAUAUGGGAUCAAGAUGUAACAACCUGUAAUCAUCCUCAAGAUGUCGUAAAUCCAUCAUGUCAGAAUUAUCAAUCUGAAACAAGUUCAGCAUUUCCUCCAACAACACAAUUUAGUAAUACUAAUGAUGCAAAUGAACAAACGACAAAUUGCUCUCAGCAAAGUACAACUAAAAAACCAAAAAAUGAAAACGUCACUUGUGAAAAAGCAGGUUAUUAUGCAAAUCCAAACGACUGCAAGAAAUUUUACAGAUGUGUAGAUUGGGAUGGUAACGGGGAAAGAUUUUCUGUUUAUCAUUUUGAAUGUGGAGAAGGCACUAUAUGGGACCCUCAGCUAGAUACUUGUAAUCAUGAAGAUUCUGUUUAUCCACCACGAGACUGUAGUGGAGUGCAAUCUCAAAAUGAGAAUAAUCUCCAGGAAAAUUCUACCGAAGAAACGUCUUCCCAACAAACCACAGAAUCCACGACACAAGAUUCAACAACUUAUGGACAGACAUCAACUACUAAAAAAUCGACUACGGAAGAAACAACAACUCAACAAAGCACAACAAUGGAAGCGACAACAACAGUGGGCACAACAACUACACAAUCUUCCUCAACAGAAAGUUCAACAACUCAACAAUCUUCAACAAGCGAUGGAACAGCAAUAACAACAACUACUACUGAAGGCACUACUACUACUCAACAAUCAACAACAAUAGAGCAAUCAACGACAGAAAUCACAUCGACUCAAGAAACCACAACAGCAGAUAAAACUACUUCUCAGGAAAUGACGACAACUGAAAGUACUACCACCAUACAAACAUCUACAACUGAAGGAAAGACUGAUGAAAGUACAACUACUACUGAACAGUCAACAACUGAUGAAUCGACUACUCAACAAUUAACAGAAAGUAGUGUAACUACUGAAGGAUCAACGGAUGAUCAAUUAUCUACGACAGAAUCAAUGUCAUCAACUGAACAAACGGAAGAUGGAUCGACGACGGAGAGUACAAGUACUGAAGGAACAUCUUCAAAAGAAUGUCCAGAUACAGAUGAAGAUCAAUACUUGUACGUUUGCCCUACCUCAUUUAGAAGACAUCCAAAAUAUUGCAAUAUGUUUUAUCAGUGUACAGAUGAUGACAAUCAUGAGCCAAAAAUUGCGGUAUUCACAUGUCCAAAUAACACCAUUUAUGAUGAAAAUAAAACACAAUGUGUCGAAGAAAGUAGAGCUGAAAAGAAAUGCGAUGGAGAAAUUGCGCAUAGCCGGAGAAUCAAACGCCUUGAUACAUAUUAUAAAGAACCGAUUGUGGUUGGAAAAGAAAAACAUUCUUGCUCUUUAGCAGGCUAUUACCCAUUUGAGAUAUCUAGUGAAUGUUCACCUGCAUUCUUAAAGUGCACACAAAAAGGUAAAUCGGGCCCCUUGCGAGGUUUUGUUUAUCUGUGUCCCGAGGGCUAUGUAUACUGGAAUAUCAGUAAGAGAUGUGAGAGGAAAGAAAGUAUGAAGGACUGCAAAACAUCAGACACCGACUGGAAUAAAAGAUGGGAAAUACCAGUAGAGCGCAAAAAUUUAGCUUUUUAA